AAUCGGUGGACAACUGCCCCAGCAACUGUUAUGGCAAUGGCGACUGCAUCUCGGGGACCUGCCACUGCUUCCUGGGCUUUCUGGGCCCCGACUGCGGCCGAGCCUCCUGCCCUGUGCUCUGCAGUGGGAACGGCCAGUACAUGAAGGGUAGGUGCCUGUGCCACAGCGGCUGGAAGGGUGCUGAGUGCGAUGUGCCCACCAACCAAUGCAUCGAUGUGGCCUGCAGCAGCCAUGGCACCUGCAUCACAGGCACCUGUAUCUGCAACCCCGGCUACAAGGGCGAGAGCUGUGAGGAAGUGGACUGCAUGGACCCCACGUGUUCCGGUCGGGGUGUCUGCGUGAGAGGCGAGUGCCACUGCUCCGUGGGAUGGGGAGGCACCAACUGUGAAACACCCAGAGCCACGUGCCUGGACCAGUGCUCAGGCCAUGGGACCUUCCUCCCAGACACCGGGCUUUGCACCUGUGACCCAAGCUGGACCGGACAUGACUGUUCCAUCGGUAAAUGCUCAAUAGAUUGCAUAAUAUCUGUGCUGCUGACUGGAGGCCAUGGCGUCUGCGUGGGAGGCACCUGCCGCUGUGAGGAUGGCUGGAUGGGGGCAGCAUGCGAUCAACGGGCCUGCCACCCGCGCUGCACUGAGCAUGGGACCUGCCGCGAUGGCAAGUGCGAGUGCAGCCCUGGCUGGAACGGCGAGCACUGCACCAUCG